GGUCAACACUGCACAUCUUGUCAAAAAGAGAAUAGAGAAAAAAAUGUAACCUCAACUCUGAUAAAAUUAAUUUAAAAUUUUCAAUCAGAAAGCAGCUGAAUAAAUCAAAGAAAAACCAAAAAUUUAUAAAUAAAAGCAUGGCUGAGGUCAUGGAAAUAUUCGUGUACAAAGGCCUGUACAAUCUUCCAUCAAUCGAUUUUGAAUGUUUACGAACUAUUAGUUUCAUUCGUUUGAUCAACGCUCCCGUUACGAUACAAUCCAAUGGAAACCCAUACAGAUCACCAAAUGGUUCGUUACCGUACUUAAAGUGUAAUGAUGAAAAAAUUGCCGGUUUCACGAAAAUCGUCAAGUACCUACAAGUUAAGGGCUACGACACAUCCUCGAAAAAUGGAUUGUCACCAGCAUACACCAGUUACCUGUACGAUAAUCUCAAUCCAUAUCUGCAAUAUUUUCUGUGGGGCGAUCAGACGAACAGUGAUAAUACGAGAAUGCUGUACGCCAAGCGAAUGAUAUUCCCGUUGAGUUAUUACUAUCCUCAAAAGUAUGCCAAAAAAGUGGACGAUCUGAUGAUGAGUAUGGAACAGUUUUCGUUGAACGAUAAAUUCGAGGAUCACAGCAUAAUCGGUAUAAUCGUACGAGCCAAAAAAUGUCUGAACACAUUGAACGAGAAAAUCGGAUCGAAACCGUACCUGUUUCAAAUGUCCACGGAAAUCGAUGCCACCAUCUAUGCGUACAUAUCCAUUCUGUAUCACAUUCCAAUGGCAAACAAUCCCAUCAAAAGCCACAUCCAAGAAUGUCCGAAUUUGUUGCAAUUUUUGGAUAAAUUUGGCAAAAAAUUCAUGGCCACCGAACUGAAGCUGUACGAACAGGAUCGACCCAAUCUCAGCACAAACGAUUUGACGAACAGUGACGCAGAUCGGUUGUCGAAACAUGGACCGAAAGUUCUGUCCGUCAUUGUUGCACUGACUGUAAUGACCGCUUUUGCUAUUCGGAAUGGAAUAUUCAGGAUUUCGUCAAGUGAUGAUGACUACGAUGUGAGUGGAUUCGAAAAUGAGGAUGAUGACGAAACGUUCGACGAGAGUUAGUGAAAAUGAUCCAUC